AUGACAGAUAUAAAAGGAUAUUUAAAAGACCGUUUGGUUGAUAAAUCUGAUAAUUUUGAUUGUCUUAUUUGCUUUGGCGUAGCAAGAAACCCUAUUGAAUGUUUAGGAUGUGGUUAAAUUUACUGCAAAAAUUGCUAAGAAAAUUGGAAGAAAGAAAAUGGUUUUUAUGAAUGUAUAAAAUGUGAAAAUAAAAAAAUGAAUCCUUUAAAUUAGCAUCUAAUGGAAGCUUAUGUUAAUUUAAAAUAUAAAUGUAAUUGUAAUUAAGUAUUUAGCCUUUAAGACAUGGCAAAGCACGAAGAUUUUUGCAACUAACCUAACUGUAAAUAUUUCUCUUUCUGUAAUCUUAAAGUGUCUCCUAAAUUCAAGGAUUAACAACUAUGUAGCUCUACUUGUCUUAUUUUAGACCUAACUUAGUAAAAUAUAAAAGAUCAAAAAAAACUAUUUAAAGAAAUAAUGACAGUGUUAAAUAAGAAAACUUCAAAUAGUAAUAAUACAAAUAGUACUUAACUUGUUAAAUAGAAUUCAUUAAAAACUAGUGUCUAAGCUCCUAACAUACCAAUUGUGCCAUUCAUAUAAAUUAAAAAUAAUUUUCCACCAAGUGGUAACUAACUAUAAUUUAAAUGGGAUUUAAAUAAUAAAGGUGACAAUAUAGUAAUUUCAGCAGAUGGAUACAGUGUAAAAUUAAAAGAGAGUGUGUAUGUUUUUAAAAGUGUAAUUGCCGAUUAGGCAUUUACAAAAGGCCAGCAUUAUUUUGAAAUCUAACUCGAUUAAAUGACUGAAAACGAGCUCAAAAUAGGUGUUGUAACUAAUAAUUUAUUUAAUAAGAACACAGCCUUUUGUGAUUAAGAAAGUGGUUUUGGGUAUUACACAAUUGGAAAACUUAGAAACGGCUCUAAUGCUCAUGGAUCUGAUUAUGGUGCAAAAUUUAAAAAUAGUGGAGUCUGUGGGGUUUUCCUUGAUAUGUAAAAAGGUAUUUUGGCCUUUAGUUAUAAUAGCGCUUUUUUGGGUGUAGCUUUUAAAAACAGUGCUUUAACAAAAUCCCCUAUCUACGCAUCUGUAGCACUCCUUCAUACUGCCUCAUUUAGCUUAAGAAGUGGUCUUAGCAUUCCAAGUUGGGCUAGUAGUAUAGUCUGA